AUGGGACUGGGCCGGACUUUGCAAGUAAGUUUUUUGCCACAUUUUGAGGUUUAUUUUAAAAAAUACUAAUUAAUAAAUAAUCAAUUUUGGACGAAAUUAAUCAAUUUUUGUCAAAAUUCAAUCAAAAACUUUAAAUUACCAGCAAAAUCAAGUUUUUGAAGGUAAAAUGUGAUUCUAUGAUUAUUGGACUAAACUUUAAUCAUCUAAUAUCAUUUCAAUGCCUUUUGGCUAUGUUAUUUUACUAAAUUUUUCUGGUUAAUUUGACCCAACACUUGUUUGUUGGUCUGCACGGUGCAGUCUUUUUUAAAAAGAGAGUACUAUCUGACCGGUAGUUCAAAAAAUUCAAAAAUAUUUUAAAAUGGUCUUUUUGGAUGUUAUAUUUUAAGUUUUUAAAAUUUAUUUGUGAUGUUUUGGCAGAUUAUUUACAUAGUGCACUUUUAAAAAAUUAUUGCACUGUGCAGUCAAAUUAAACUUUUUUGAAAAACUUUAAGGAGUCAUUAUAUACACUAACUGAACGUAACAGAGAAGUAUUUAUGAUUUUUGACAUAUUUUUUGCAUAGAUUAUUGUAGGUUUUUAUUUUUUUUUUGAUAUCAUUACAUUGUACUUGGCAAGUAAAACCCUAUGUUUGAUUUUCUUAUGCCAUUCUUUAUGCCUGUAAAAUUAAAAGUCUGUUAAAGCCUAGUUAAAAACAUCAAACUCAUUUCGAAUAACAACUUUUGGCAGUAUUUAAAGGACCUUUUGGUUAAAUAUUUGAGGAAAUACUUUGUUAUUGGAACAAAGAGCUGUGUGUAUAUGUGAGUAAUCAAAGUAAAGUUGUUUACCAGUAAUUUAGAACUCCAAUAAAAACACUUUUGAGGGCUCUCUAGUCUUACUAAAUUUAUAGACUGGCAGGCCACUUGAGGUUAUUGCAAAUAUAUGUUACAAACGUAGAAUAGCAUACUAUACAGUAUUACAAAUAUAUAAUAGGUUACUAUAUUGUAAAACUUAUAUCACGAGUAACAACAGUAACUGUAUAUAUUGUUUAUAACGCAGAAUUGUAAAAUACGGGGUGUUUAAAUGGGACUUUUAUUAUAGUUUUGAAGACCGCCUUUUUAAGAAGACAUGGUUGCGGUAAAAGUACUGUAACUUGUGAAUUUUUUUAAAAUGAAUAUUUAGGUAUAUGACAUUAGUUAACCCACAAAAUGGUCUACUUUUUGCCUAAAUUUCAAAAUCAUAUCUUUUUGUUGCUACAAGUUAUGACACAAACAAUCUUGGCGUCACUUAUUGUAAAAAGUUGAGUUUGGUAGAAGUACUGUAACUUCAAAAUUUGAAGCCUUUAAAUUACUUUUAAAAUUUAUUAGUUAAUACAUAGACCAAGGUAUUUUGCAUUAAGAAUUCAAGUUGAUACCUAUAAGUUGUCAAAAGUUAUGAAAAAAACAAGCCUAGUACAUAUAAUAUCAUGCUAAAACUUCAAGUACAGUACUUAACACUCACAAAAUGUAUAAAACAACUUUCAGAUUCUAUUUGGCAUCGUAUGUUGCAUCAAUCUUGCCAUCUGGUCGCUCAUUUUCUGGCUUCUGAUUCGCACCGUGAUCACUGGAGCUAGCGUGCCGUUCCCCGUUCUCACGGCCAUUUCCCUGUUCUUGUUGUCGUUCCUCGCUGCCAGUGUUCUGUUCCAGUUGUUUAUGCGACAGAAGGCACAGUCUUUGCUGGUCACUACACUCGUUCUGAUCGUAUUUCAGUUCAUCAGUGUUCUGAUUCUGUCGUUCACACUGUUCUCGGACGACAGACACAACAUUGACUAUGAUUUCAAGGACAAUCCACUGGGAUUUGUGAGGUGUAAGUUGUUUGAUGGGAAGAUAUCUAUCAAUUUAUAUUUUUUUUGUUUCUUUUUUAGGUUGUUCAAAUAAUUCUGUUCCGCUAACCUUGAAAUUUUUUUAAGAGGGGGCGCAUAAUGAUUUGAACAACCUAAUGUAAAGUAAUAUACAUACUAUAAUAUAAAUUGCAGCACGAAGAUGGAUCUCCCUGUCCUUAUGCUUUAUCUUUGUGCCAAUAUUUCUGGUCCAAGUACUGUAUCUGAACCACCAUCUACAACAACUUCACUCAGCCGUCGCCUUGGAGCCGAGUGAAGGUGGCUACAAACGAAAGGCCACACCGUACCAUGGCAAAAACGAAUAUGUUUCGUGAGUUUACUUUACGGUUACUUUUAAAUGAACUACAAGUUAUAAUACUAUAGUCAUAUACAGUAAUUUUUUGUUACGGAUAUACCGUACUCUGGGUACAGUACUCUUUUUGUAUAUACCGUACUCAAAUUACAGUACUCUUUUGUGUAUAUAUCGUACUCAGACUACAGUAUUGUUGUUACGAACAUACCGUACUCAGAUUACAGUAUCCUUUUUGCAAAAGCAGUAAAUAUUGUUAUAGGUCGGUGGUGGUCGGCUGA